GAGGGAUUUCAAUUCCGAUGAAUUGAUCGCGAAUUUAGGGCUUUUCGCGCGGAAAUGGAAACGGAAGCGCAAAAAGGAACUGCAAACCCUUCGGCAAUGUUGGCUUCGUUUCUUGGUAGGAGAGCUAAGCUUCACGAGGAGCUUCGUAACAUAGAAAAGCAGGUUUAUGACAUGGAGACAAGUUAUUUACAGGAUCCGGGGCAGUGUGGCAACGUAUUAAAAGGAUUUGAAGGGUUCCUAUCCUCAUCGAAGAACACUGCUCUCUUGAAGCGGUCCAGAAAGUUUCAACCUGAAGAUAGGCUCUUUUCAUUAUCUUCGGUGACCUCACCAGCGGCAGAAGAGAUUGCAGCUGGUAGAGAUGAUGGAAGGUCAGAUUUUGGUCCAGGGCGUUCAAAAGGUGGAAUUUAUGCCAAUGGGCAGGGCAAACCGAAGAAAGGAAGAGGUGGGCCGAGAGAUGCAAAGAGACUUAGGGCUUCUAGUGAGCAAGAUUUUGAUUAUGAGGACGAUCCUGACUUGACAUUAUGAUUAUUAAUGAGUGCUGAUACAACUUUCACUUUAAACCUCUGUAAUCCAUGGGCCUCCCAAAAAAAUUGCAUGUAAACUGAAUGAAUGCCCGUUCUUGGUGCUCUGCGGUUGUCUGCAUUGCGUUCAUGUAGUGUUCAAGUCCAGAUGAUUAUUGAUGUGAUUUUUCACGGUCGAAGGAAGCCCUUAUGCUAUGUGUUGUACCAAAGGGCCUGAUACAUUCUGAUAAUGCGGAGCUGGCAUCCAGUUAAUGUUUCUCUUGCGCAUUUUUGUUGGUUGGCAAGUUAAUGGGAGUUUACAAGACCUGUACAUGUGACUGUAAUUUGCUUAGGUGUUUUCUGUAAUCAUGUAUGAAAAAGGAGAAAAUGAAUGGCCGGUUUGGUGAAAUUUUUUGUAUCCCUUUAAUUGUUAUUUUAUUGUAUCAAUGGCUAAUUAAUAUUUUUUAUUUA